AUGAUGCUGGCGCGUACGUGUGACGUAAUUUAUGCGACGCCAGUUUUCCGUGAGUUCGAUGAGUUCUCGACGAUCCGUGCAUCCUUCUUACUUUUGUUUUUCCGCGCUACGUUUUUUAAGGGGACUGAAUCGCCCCUUCGGUCGCGCAAAUUGUGCGCCAUAGCAUUUUAAUGUGCGUUUUACGAAUGCAAAGUUGUUGUUUUUAAAUGACAAAGUCCGGAGUCUAACUCUGCAUCAAUCUUGGACGCUUGAGUGUUUGUCGGUUUGUUUGUUUGUUUGUUUCUCCUCACGUGGGCUCUGGAAGGGAAAGGGAAGGAUGAACGAUUCGACAACGGCAACAGGGGACGGAGGUCAGAGCAAAGAGACGGACAAGAAAAAAAGAUCCCGGGUGAAGCAGCUGCUGGGCGAAGUGAAGAAACAAGUGGAGUUCUGGUUCGGAGACGUCAACCUGCACAAGGACCGCUUUCUGAAAAAGCUCAUCGAUGAGUCGGACGAUGGCUAUGUGGACUUGUGCGUGUUGGCGAGUUUCAACCGCAUGAAGAAGCUGACGAGCGACACGAAACUGAUCGCCAGGGCUCUGAAGGAUUCUUCCGUGGUGGAGGUGAAUCUAGAGGGCGAUAAAGUGAGACGGCAGUUUCCCAUUGGAGAGGUGCCGGUGGACGUGGACAGCCGCACAGUCUAUGUGGAGCUUCUGCCCAAGGAUGUAAACCACAACUGGAUCGAGAAGGUCUUCUCCAAAUGCGGAAGUGUCGUCUACGCGAGCAUCCCCAGAUACAAAUCCACCGGCGAUUCAAAAGGGUUCGCCUUUGUGGAGUUUGAGAACCCCGAACAAGCAAAUAAAGCCAUCGAGAUGCUCAAUAAUCCUCCUGAAGAUGCUCCCAGGAAAGCGGGAAUCUUCCCCAAGACCAGGAAGGGAAAGCCCAUCCGGUUGAAUGCGGACAAUCCGCCUUCAGGGGGCGGUGGGGAGGAGGAGAAGAAAAAGCGCAAGAAGAAGAAAAAGAAGACGGUGGCCGAGGAUGACAAAGCGGCGCCGACGGAAGCCGAGCCGUCGGACCGGCAGCAGCGGCAAAAGAAGAAGAAGCAGCAGCAGCAGCGCUCCGAGGCGGCGGGUAAAGUCUCUGAGAAAAAGAGACGCCGCUCGAUUGCGGCGGACGAGUCGGAAACGGGGGUACCCUCCAAGGUCAGGAAGCUCGGGGACCCGGAUGAAGACGUUCCCGAGAGCGCUAACGAACCUCGCGUGGAGGGGGAAUGCGGGAAAGAAAACCAAGAAGACUCGCUGGUCAAAGCCAAGAGGAAGAGGAAGAAGAAGCAUAAAGAGAAGCUUAAAAUUGCGGACGAGGUCAUCCCGCUGCGGGUCUUGUCCAAGAAAGCUUGGCUGGAGCUCAAGGAGGAGUACGUGAGGCUGCAAAAGCGCAGCAUGGCGUCCCUGAAGAAGUGCAUGACGCAGCUGGACGGCGACGAGCGGCGGCGCGACGACAGGAGUGAGUCGAGCGCCGCUCCGCCGCGUCGCCCGCGUACGCGCUUAGCGCUUAGGGGUUUUGCUUUUCUUCCAGUGGAACCAAGCGAGAAAGCCAACAGUCAGGGUCCGCAGUUCACCAGCGGCGUCAUCGUGAAGAUUACGGACAGCAAGGCGCUUCCGGGAAGGAAGGCGGUCAAAGACGCUCUGGACAAGAUCGCGCCCGUGGCGUACGUGGACCUGUUGGAAGGCGACGCCGAGGGUUACGUGCGCUUCAGGCGCCCGGAGGACGCGCGGGCCGUCGGCGACACAAAAGCGGAGUUGCAGAGGACGCACAGCUGGCGGCUGGAGAUCCUCUCAGGUGACCACGAACAGAGGUACUGGCAGAAGAUCCUCGUGGAUCGGCAGGUCAAGCUGAACCGGCCCCGGGAGAAGAAGCGGGGCACAGAGAAGCUCAUAUCCAAAGCGGAGAAGAUCAUCACGGCUCGGGCCAAGGAGGCCAACAAGCACAUUCGGUUCCAGGAGGACUGACGGUUCCGGUUUGUGUGGCGAGAAACACCCUUGAAGAGAAAAAAAUAACAACUUUUUUUGUUUGCACUGAAUCACCGAGUUCGACUUUUGCUCCGCUUGUCGGCAAAAGAUGUUUGUUGUGUAAAUAGGAUGAAGCUCGCCCGUUGAGUUUUUUUUUUUUUAUGUUUGCAAGGUGGACUGUUGAUAAAAUGUGCAGGACUGAGAUUUGAAUGCGAGAAACCCUUUUCCAUACUUGGUUUCUUCCCAUUAUUUUGUGAAAAUGUUGGCGCUUGACCUUCAAUUCUGAAAUGGCCCACGUACU